AUGAUUAGUAUAACGUCCCAAAAUCAUUUUCAUCUGAAAACAAUUUACCAGAUUCAGUUAACCAAAAUUGAGAAGGGAUCCCACAUACAUCCUAAGGCUUGUCUCGAUAGAACCAAAAUGAAUAUCAUCUUUCUUUUGUUCAUUUUUCAAGUCAAAGUGGCAAUUUUUUCCAAAGCUCUUAAACUAGGAAACUUCCUAGUUUGGUCCUCAGGGCCCGGUGAGAGAUAUAGAGCUAUUUAUGUUCACCUCACUGCCGAGUUUGCUAUAAGUUAUACCUCACAAUAUUGUUGUCUGAAGAAAUUCAAGCCCAUAGUUAUGGAUUCUUCCAUAUUCUCUGCUUCAUCAAAACUUCCUUUUUUUCAUGCUUUCUUCCUGUUUUUCAUCUCCUUUUUCUUCUAUCUGAACAUGAUCUCUGGGACUGAAACUCAAUUUAGUUAUAGGCAUCACUGUGAUUCAGUAGUUCAUGAAUCAAAACCAGCUGAAGAGGAGUUCAAUAUCAUCCCAUUCGCUGACCGAUAUUAUAGUGGUGGGGAUAAAUUCCUGAAUCCCAGCUCAAAUCAGUAUUAUCCACCUGUAUCGAAAGUUCUAGUUUUCGAAACUCACCACGUAUAUACAACUGAUGUUGAGGAUGUCUUCAAGGUGAAAGGAAACCUGAUCUUCCAAAGCUCGUAUUACUACGAACGCAGUUUCUCCCAUGGUUGGUCAUUCUAUUCACAUUCAAGUGAUAGUGGAGCUCUGGACUUUGAUUUUCAAGGCUUCUGGUCUAGAACUACCGGAAAGCUUUGCAUGGUGGGAUCAAGCUAUACUUACUCAAAAGAAGGUAAACUGCUUCAUCUUGCAGCUGUUCUUAAGCUUAAUAAUCUUAAGAAUUCCAGUACUAUCAAUACUUUAGUCACUGGAACCAUGGAUAGCUUGUAUCCUGCUGAUGAACCAAAUUACUUUGACCAAAUUUCUCUGCUGAUGUUUCCUCAAGUAAAUUACAACUACACCAUGGUUUCAAAACAAUUUAGUCAAGGUUGUCCGGGGGCGACUGAUGUUCCAGAGGAUUUAUCCCUUAGCUUAUCGCUGACUACAACUAUUUGUGAUAUAAUUUUAGCUGGAGGCAAUGCUUUUGAACUGGAGUAUGCAAGUGGUUGUGAUUCUUCAAAGAGUUGCGGUCCAUUUGGUAAUGGUAUUGGAUAUUUGCCUCAGGUCAUGUCUUUGAGAAUGAUUCAGUGCUCGGAUCAGGAUAUGAAGCUGAAGUUGAGGUUUCUGAUAGAAUUUCCUAACAGUAGCUAUAGAGGGUAUUAUAGCUCUUUCAAUUUCAGCACAUCAUUAGUUGGGGAAGGAUCUUGGGAUGCAAAGAAGAAUCAGCUUUGUAUUGUUGCUUGCCGAAUCUAUGAUGCAUCAAGCUCCUUGGAGAAGUCUCAUGUUGGAGACUGCACAACAAGGUUGAGCUUGAGAUUCCCAGCAGUCUUGUCUAUCAGAAACACAAGUACUGUUGUUGGUGAAAUUUGGAGUGAGAAGCAUAGGAAUGAAUCCGGUUUCUUUGAUAGAAUCGUGAUCCGAAAAACUGACCAUAGUAGUGGGGGAAUUCAACUUCAAGGUUUGAAGUAUGAGUACAUGAAAACUAACAAAGUGAGUAAGUUAUGCCCAAAGAAGAAAACUACAAGGAACAGCGGGGAACAGUACCCAGACGGCUAUUCUGGAGACAUGGGUUUUAGUAUGUCAAUCAUCAAAGGUUCCAAAGGAGGAAUUGGAUGGGGUUCAUCAAAUCCUCUUGCAGUGGGCGAUCAGCCUUAUCAGAGAUUUCCCUUUCUAAGACCAUCCUCAAGCUCAAGGCCUAAAAAUGAUAACGGUAGCUUGCUUAAUAUCAGCUACACAAUGAGCAUCACGCUAUCUAGUUUCAAAUUGGAUACUGGCCUCAAUCCAUUUAACCAAUCUUUGAAUGGAUAUCUAGAAAUCCAAAUAUCUGCAGAAGGAGUUUAUGAUGCUGAAACAGGUAAUCUGUGCAUGGUUGGCUGCAGAGACCUGAGGGCAGAAAACAAGGCAUCUUUAAAGCAUUCAGUGGACUGCGAUAUUCUUGUGAAUAUUCAUUUUCCUCCAUUGAACUCAGACAGGAAAGGAAGUAAGAUCGGGGGAAGCAUUAAGAGCAUGCGGCAAAACACUGACCACUUUCACUUUGGACCUUUGCCCUUUACAGGAAGAGCUUAUUAUGGCAGAUGGGCAAUGGAAUCAAUUUGGAGAAUGGAUGUCGAGAUCAUCAUGUCUGUCAUAUCCAACACUCUUGCAAUUGUCUUUAUAGUACUACAAAUCAUUCACGGGCGGAAGCACCCUGGCGUUUGUCCUUUCAUUUCAUUUCUCAUGCUUGUUAUUCUAGCCCUGGGACACUUAAUCCCUUUAGUUCUAAAUCUUGAAGCAAUGUUCGAUCAAGAUAGUGAAAGAUCUGUCUGGUUUAGAGGAGGAACUUGGCUAGAAAUGAACGAGGUGAUCAUUAGGGUUGUCACAAUGGUGGCAUUUCUGCUUCAUAUCCGUCUUCUGAUGUUCUCAUGGACUGCCAGAUGCUCUAAUGAAAAGAAAAAGGCCUUGUGGAUUGCAGAGAAGAGGGGGCUCUACGUGUGUUUUCCAGUGUACAUAUCCGGGGGUUUAAUCGCUUUCUUCUUGAAGUGGAGGAAGAAUCUAGUUGACACCGGAAGGUAUUCUCCAUACGACAGAGAGCAGAUCUUUUUGGUUGGUUCAAGGGCUUAUGCUGGUUUGAUUCUUGAUGCCUUUCUUUUCCCCCAAAUCCUCUUCAACAUUUUCCAGAACUCAAGGGAACAGGCUCUUUCUCGCUUCUUUUACAUUGGAAUUACCCUUGUUCGCCUUGUACCCCACGGAUAUGAUCUAUACAGGGCACACAAUUAUGUUGAUGUAGAUGACUCAUACAUAUAUGCGGAUCCUUCUGCAGAUUAUUACUCAACUGCUUGGGACUUCAUUAUUCCUGUGUUGGGCCUGUUCUUUGCUGCAAUCAUAUACUUGCAACAGCGCUUUGGUGGUCGUUGUGUCCUUCCAAAGAGAUUCCAAGAAUCAGUGGCAUAUGAGGAGCUUCCCGUGGCUUCAGAAGAGGAAUUCCCACUGAAAUCUAGCACUUAG